UGAAGCAAGCCGGAAAGGUCUAGAGGCGGCUCGGGGCGCCUUCUUUCCCUGCCCCCCAUCGCCGUCCCUACAUCCAAGUGUCCUCCGCCUGCAGCUGCUGCUCCUCUCCCCCUCCCCCACAAGCUCUGCAGGGUGGUGUCUUCCACCCCCAAAGGCGCGUGGGAGAGCGCGAGCCCGGCCCCCGCCUCCUCUGAUCUCUUUCCGCAGCUACCCGUGUGACGUCACAGUGAGCCGUGACGCCACAGGGCCCCGGCCGCUACUCUCACAGGGGACGAGCCGGGGGGAGGGAUUCAAAGACCGCGCUGGAAGCGGAGGGGCAAGCAGCAGCCACCAGCCCACUCCCCAAUUCGGGGCAGGCACUGGAGUCAGCAUGGGGGUGACAGGUGUCAACGGGUUUCCUUGUUGCAGUAAGAAGUCUGUAGAGGUCGUGGAGACACAUGAUGACUUUCAGGAGGACUCUGAUCCCCAGCCUGAGCCUGUGGAAGAUGAGACCGAGCUGUUAGAUGACACCCUUGACCUGGAAGCAGAGCAGGACCUGGACUCGGAAUCUGAGUUGGAGUCCGAACUGGAGCCAGAGCCUCAGUUGCUCCCAGAGUCGGAGUCAGAGCUAGAUGAAGAAGACCCUGUCCCAGUGAACGUCUUUGUCCAAACCUCCAAUCUGGCAUUCAACCUGGCCCCGAAGAAUGUGCCGGCGGGGCCCAGAGUAAAUGUCCAGAUCCAGACGGCCGUGGGGCCCAAGGGCACCCUGGAGCUAAGUAUCUCGCACGAGCCCCGGAACCCAGAGCCCGCGCCAGUGAAGGACAGCGGGAACCACACCUUCCGGUCGGUCUUUGUGCAGACCUCCAAGCACCUCUUCCGCAUGGACAAGGUGAUCCAGGCGGCCGACGCCAAGCAGCCGCCGGAGAUGGGGCGCCACCCGUUCCCCAUGCGGGACUGGCCUUUCCAGAAACCUCGAACAGCCUCCAAGGAAAGCCUGAUCUCCGGCAACAAGAUGUUCAUGGAGGACAUUAGAGUCCAAACCUCUCACCCAAGCCUGGGCAUCGAAGGCUUUCCGCCCCAGACCCCCGUUCAAGCCCUGCUACCAGAAAGGGCGCCCGCAGAAGUCCAGUCGAUCUCCUCCCCAAACUUCUCUGCUAAAUUCUCGGAGCCGUUGGACUUCAGAAUGUUCGAUUCUCGCCCGACCUCUGCCAGCCUUCCCCCAGCACUGGUUUCUAGUACUACGACUUCCCGCAAUUCCUCCUCCACGGAGCUGAUAGUAGAGUCCAAAACUCUGGUUCCCUGCAAGUCUCCCUCGGGGCUGAGAAUGGAUUCGAGGUCACCCAUGACCCAGGGGUCGACCACAGACCUGUCCAUAGCCACCGAGCAGCCUGCCUCCCCCGUGCCCCUCCUGAAGCCACCCGAGGCAGGGGAGCCCCAGAAGUCCGUGGGCCAGGAUUUCGCCCUGAAGUCAGGCUAUACCCUGAACAUGACCAAGUCCCCCUCGGAACGAGCCGCCAUGGAGGGAGAGGUGAAUCACCUCCAGUCUCCGUCUUUGUCCCCAAUAUCCUCAGCGCCUUGGAAAGAGUGGUCACCGACAGACGACCAGGAGAUCCACAGCGACACAGAAAUGGUGCAGCUGGACCCAAGGUGCUUGGAGCCUGAGGUGGGGGGAGAGCCGGUGGAUCUAACCCCCAAGAUGAAGAAGGAGUCUCUGGCCUCCUGGAUCACCCAACAGGCUCGGGGGAGGCCUACGACAGAAGCCAAGACUCAGAGCAUUGACAGCCCUAUUGCCAAUAGGAGACGGGAUCUCUCUAGCCUCUUUGCACCAGUGGACAUUCCUGCUGAAUAUGAGCAUCCCCUGACCUCUAGGCAGGUGGCAGCCUUCCAGGAUGUCUUCCAACUGUUUAAACCGGGCUCCCAGGGCAAGCUGGACAUGCGGAGCAUGAAGGGGGCACUACGGACCCUCGGCAUCCAGCUGAGCCCUCAAGAAGUGUGUGAGGCCCUGAGGCGGGCCGACCUAGACGGUGAUGGGGCUGUUGACUUUGAAGACUUCCUUGGGAUACUGACAGACAAUCACCGCUUUGCCCAGUGUAUGGGGCGGAUGAGAAACAGUCGUAUCAAUGAUCCCCAUGGUCUGGAAACGCUUUUCUUCGAGAUGAUGUCUAAGUUUGUGGGUCAGGGCGCACUGUCCCCCAAGUCAGUGGCGGAGGUGGUGAGCUACUACACAGACAAGCAGAGAGUGCUGCGCAUGAGCUCUUGGUGGAAGGGCCUGAACCACAAACACAACCGAAGCUACCAAUCCCGCUCACACACGGGGCUCAGCUUCUUCUGCCAGGCCACACGCCUGACUGGUCUCAACAACCGGCAGCUCGCCCGAUCCCUGCACAACCUCCGGGACUUGAAUGUCCAAGGCCCCUAUUCUCAGGUCCCCAACCUGCCCCCUCGGACUCGGUCGACAGAGAGGAGGAUUCGGAGCAGAGGCCCCCGACUGACCAACCUUGCCAGGGCCUGCAAACCCAAGCCGCCUCCGCGAGAGGCACCUCGGCGGGCCCCCGAACCCAUAGCUCAACGGCCAAAAUCAGAAGAGGGGACUGCAGAGCUGGGACCAGCUCCCUCCCCACCCACCCUGGUCCAAAGCCAACUCCCCUCCCCACCCCCUGCUACCCCACAGAGUCACUCUUUACCAAAUGUUUACCAAUAAAGCACUUCCUUAGAGAAAUUAAA